CGAAUCUUCCACUUCGCAAAAGCGCACCACCCAUUUCUUCUCCCGCCUAUAAAUUCUUCCUCACGGAGCAAGAUUUUUCUCCGCGUUUUACGCCAAUUUUCUGAACUCUGUGUUUCCGCUUGAUUCUCCCACGCAAACGUCUUCGAAUUUUCCCUUACAGCUAAAAAUUAAAACCAUAUAUUGCUUUUCGAUCCUUCUUGUCAUGAAUGCAACGAGCUCGAUGCGCAUCGCGACCAUGAGGCCCUGCUUCCGGUUCCUCUUCAGGUCCGGCCAGGCCGCCGCCAUUGCCUUCCCAAAAUACCCCUUUCUGUUCCCAAAAUGCCCUCAUACCGACCUGAUUUCUUCCGCCUCUGCCUCGCGGCGGAGAGAAGCCGCGCUGGUGAGGGCGGUGGCCGGUGCACGGCCUAUGGGGACGUCGGCGGAGCCGAUCAUCGGCGGGGAGAAGGCUUUCGAUCGGAUCUAUGAGCAGGGGCUCGCGGGAAAGCCGAUCGUGAUCGAGAGGGUGGAACCCGGGCCAGCGCCGGAGGUGGAGAAGAAGGAGGAGCUGGCUAGUGGGAGGCAUGAGACGGAGGAGGAGAAGGAAGCGUGGAGAUUGUUGAAGAAGUCGGUGGUGACGUAUUGCGGGACUCCGGUGGGAACGGUGGCGGCCGACGAUCCGGUGAAUGGAGGGCAGAUGCUUAAUUACGAUCAGGUUUUUAUUAGGGAUUUCGUGCCCUCAGCGCUGGCUUUUCUACUCAAGGGGGAGACGGAGAUUGUCAGGAAUUUUCUGCUUCACACGUUGCAAUUGCAGAGCUGGGAAAAGACUGUUGACUGCUACAGCCCAGGGCAAGGAUUGAUGCCCGCCAGUUUUAAGGUUCGAACCCUGCCUUUGAGUGAUGACAAGGAAGCAUACGAGGAGGUUCUUGAUCCUGAUUUUGGUGAGUCGGCCAUUGGACGUGUAGCCCCGGUUGAUUCUGGAUUGUGGUGGAUCAUUUUGCUGAGAGCUUAUGGAAAAAUCUCUGGAGACUAUGCGUUGCAGGAACGUGUUGAUGUGCAAACAGGGAUCAGACUCAUCUUGAAUUUAUGUUUAACAGAUGGCUUUGACAUGUUUCCAACUCUCCUGGUAACUGAUGGCUCUUGCAUGAUAGAUAGAAGAAUGGGCAUCCAUGGCCAUCCUCUUGAAAUCCAAUCUUUGUUCUACUCAGCUUUACGGUGCUCCCGUGAAAUGAUCACUCCUAAUGAAGGGUCAAAGAAACUAAUUCAUGCCAUCAAUAAUCGGCUCAGUGCAUUAUCAUUUCACAUCAGAGAGUAUUAUUGGGUGGACAUGAAGAAGAUUAAUGAGAUUUAUCGAUAUAAGACAGAAGAGUACUCAUAUGACGCUGCAAACAAGUUCAAUAUAUAUCCUGAACAGAUUCCUUCAUGGCUAGUGAAUUGGAUUCCUGAUAAAGGAGGCUAUCUUAUUGGAAACGUGCAGCCUGCUCAUAUGGAUUUCAGGUUCUUUUUGCUUGGAAAUCUCUGGGCCAUAUCUUCAUCUUUAACCACACCUUGGCAAGCUGAGGGCAUCCUCAAUCUUAUAGAGGACAAAUGGGAUGAUCUUGUGGGAAAUAUGCCUCUAAAGAUAUGUUACCCUGGACUAGAGAAUGACGAAUGGCGCAUAAUCACCGGAAGUGAUCCAAAGAACACUCCUUGGUCAUACCAUAAUGGGGGAUCUUGGCCUACUCUUUUGUGGCAGUUCACCUUGGCUUGCAUUAAGAUGGGAAGGCCUGAGUUAGCCCAAAAAGCCGUCGCAGUUGCAGAGAAGAGACUUUCAAAGGACAAAUGGCCCGAGUACUACGACACCAGAACUGGCAGGUUCAUUGGAAAGCAGUCACGGCUGUUCCAAACAUGGACUAUCGCUGGUUACUUGACCUCAAAAAUGCUUUUGGAAAGGCCAGAAUUGUGCUCCAUCCUCACCUGUGAAGAAGACCUUGAACUUCUCGAGGGCUGUUCCUGUAGCCUAAAGAAGAACGCAAGAACCAGGUGCUCUCGCCCUGCUGCUAAAUCUCAGAUUCUAAUCUAACUGCAAUUAAGAACUCAUCAUACUUCAAUUCAUAUACUUGUAUAUAAGAAAUAAUUAUGUGAAGGAAUCAGAAAAAUAAGAAGAAUGGAAAACUUUGCUGCAUGGAAGUGAAGUUUGAUUCAUUCGUCCACUCGAUACAAAGCUGCAAGCUCAUUAUUUUAGUUGAGCUGCGACUUGGUGGGUUUCCAAUUGGGUGGUUGGUUCUUAUUAGAAAUUUUUUAUUCUUAUUUUAUUAGAGUUCUUUAGAUGUUUGUGAAGUACAUAUGUGGGAAGGAAAUCAUGUAUAACAACAAAAUUCUUGCUUCUAUUCUCUAGAACUGAGGAUAGAACUUUAUCUCCUUGUAUACUGUAAUUGCCUUUAUGGAAUCAAGAAUCCCUUAAUUCCAGAAUUCUGAAAA